AUUAGCAGCCAAUCUUGUUUUUUCAAUACAUUUAUAACUAUUCUAUUCCAUCACCUACCAAUAGUCAGAAAACGCCUACCAACACUUUUGGUCAGCAUACACACCAUCUCUAAAGGCCUCACAAACCAUUCCUUACAUAAUUCACUUCCACACCACUUUUGAGUGCAACAUCUAUAAAUAACAAGUAUUUUUUGAAAGGUUAUAAAUAACAAGUUCCCAAAGAGUGACUUGUGUGGACAAUAGAGGGGAGUAGAGUCGAGAAAAAACUAAAAAAGACUAGGGAAGUUGGAAGAGGCCAGAGAGCUACAACAUGGGUGACGUUGAUGACAUCCGAUCAGCCCCGAUAACGCCGAGACCUGCGUCGGUGACACCGCCGCCACCUAUAUCGGCUCCUCCGUCGCAGUUCCACUCCCCGUCUCUAUCACGGUCACCGCUCCUCGCCACUGACGAGCACACACAGAUUGUUCCGUCCAAAACACCCAAGACCCAAACACCCAGGAGGACGCCCUUGAUCCGGACACCGCGGUUCAUUACUCCGUUGGGGAGUCCGCUCAGGAAGGCUCUCCAUCUUACCAAACUCGACCCACAGGAUGCUUGGCUUCCCAUCACCGAGUCACGAAACGGAAACGCCUACUACGCCGCCUUUCAUACUCUCUGUUCUGGGAUUGGAAUCCAAGCCCUUGUUCUCCCCGUCGCCUUCACCAUUCUUGGGUGGACAUGGGGAAUAAUAUGUUUGACACUAGCAUUCAUAUGGCAACUCUACACUCUAUACUUGCUGGUACAACUUCAUGAAUCACAGGAAACCGGCAUACGUUACAGCCGAUACAUGCAACUAGCAAGUGCAACUUUUGGUGAGAGGACGGCCAAUUUUCUGGCCCUGUUUCCGAUCAUGUAUCUAGCAGGAGGUACAUGUGUGGCUCUGAUCAUCAUCGGAGGUUCAACGUCCAAGUUGUUCUUUAAUCUUGUUUGUGGGGGCACAUGCACGGCCAGCACAUUAACAUCUGCGGAGUGGUACCUGGUGUUCACAUGCGGUGCCGUGCUCCUGUCUCAGCUGCCCAAUCUCAACUCCAUCGCCGGCGUGUCGCUGGUCGGAGCCAUCACCGCCGUCGGAUACUGCACGCUCAUGUGGGCGGUGUCGGUGGCCAUGGGGAGGCUUCCGAACGUGUCAUACAAUCCAGUGAGAGGCAGCAGUCAGAUUGUUAGGGUUUUUGAUCUCCUGAACGCACUUGGGAUCAUUGCUUUUGCUUUCAGAGGCCACAAUCUCAUUCUUGAAAUACAGGCGACCAUGCCAUCAAGUGAAAAGUUUCCAUCGCGUGUGCCAAUGUGGAGGGGUGUCAAGUUCUCAUAUGCCCUAAUAGCUUUGUGUUUAUUCCCUCUUGCUAUAGGUGGUUAUUGGGCAUAUGGUCACUUGAUCCCGAAAGAAGGAGGUAUGCUAACAGCAUUGUACGCGUUCCACGGUGAAGAUGCCUCUAAGUUUAUCUUAGGACUAACGAGCUUAUUCGUCAUAAUUAACGCGUUGAGCUCGUUCCAAAUAUACGGCAUGCCAAUGUUCGACGACAUGGAGUCCAAAUACACGACUAGGUUUAAGAAGCCGUGCUCGUGGUGGCUCCGAGCAAUUAUGCGAGCUAUGUUUGGAUACGGGUGCUUCUUUGUUGCAGUGGCAAUCCCCUUCUUGGGAAGCCUUGCCGGACUUAUCGGAGGGAUCGCUUUGCCGGUUACUCUAGCUUAUCCCUGUUUCAUGUGGCUUAAGCUCAAGAAGCCUAAGCAAUAUAGUCCAGUGUGGUGGCUGAAUUGGAGCUUGGGUCUAUUGGGAAUGGGCCUAAGUGGGAUACUAAUUGCAGCUGGAGUUUAUGUUGUGAUUGACACUGGUAUUGAAGUGAGCUUCUUUAAGCCUCACUAAUUCAAAUAGAUUUAGCGUAGAAAUAUAUGAAGUUGGAAGUGUGUAAGCUUUUGUAAGUUUGGAAUAAUCUUUGAUAUAUAUAUAUUAUUCAUUAUAUGUAAUUGUGAUAUUCAAUUUGAAGAAAGAAAAGGAAUUGACACUA